ACUGACAGUGGAUAAAUGAAAAUAACAUAAAGCAAAAAAGAAACGUAGCGACACGGAAUUAUCGCGCGCAUCAUUACGCAGGGCCGAUGGCGAAAUAAACGACGGAGAAAGUAUCGGAAGAUGUAUAGAUACGCAGGUAGGCACGCAUACCUGAGAAGAGACAUGCGUCGCAGGUACGGUGCAAGCGAAGGAGAAGGAGCAAAGAGCACGUCUCGGCGAGUCUCGGUCGAGGUAGAGAGAUGGACGAAGAGGAGGAGAUGUGUCGAAGGGAGAGAAGCCGACGAGAAACAGGGAGCGAGAGCGAGAGAUGGAGAACGAAUAGAGGCGGCUGGAUAGAGAGAAAGGCCAAACGGGUUGUCGGGGUGUCGGGAGCGGGACGCGGCGAAGGGAAGGGAGGACGGACACGACGAGAGGUGGAGGUUUCGAGUGGUUCAGUUGUAGCGGCACCGUGGCUGAGAUCGGAUGCGCGUGUCCAUCGUCUUCCUUCCGGCGACUCGCGUGUCGGGGCCACGCGCGCGUGACUUCUUCGUCCGGUUCGUCCCGCUCGUCCCGUCGCCCCGCCUCGUCUCGUCUCGUCUCGUCUCGUCUCGCUCGCCGGGGUCCGAUCAGCCGCGCGGCUCUUCUACUGAUCUCGCGGCGCCCGCGUCGACCUUCCGUUUUCACUAGAGGCGAACCGUCCGCACGAAACUUUCAAACGACUACUGCGCGGUCUGCCUCGCCGUAAAAUCUCGGCUAUAAAAAGCCUCUUGAAAGAGAGCAGCUCGAACGUUGACGGCAUUGUUCUCCAUCGAUGACAUUUUUAUCGCAAAUUUGAAAGAACGCGUCCGCGUCUUUAAUCGAGGCGACGAGUGAAAAUUUAAAAAAAAUCGCAGCAAUUCUGUUCCGACAGGUGCGAGAGAAGGAGUUCCUCGUCGGCUCGGUCGCGAAAGAAAGAGGAGAAAAGAAAUGUAGAGAAAUGCAGGCGUGAUGGUACUCGUGUUGUCGUGCACUCUCGAAAUGAUAUUCCGCAAAAAGUCAUGCGUGAUGCGCCGGAAACGAAACGGCCUAGGCGCGCCGGUGCACCGAUGUACGGGUAACCAACCUGCGGGGUUAACGUUAUGGUAACGUGAAUCGAUCGCCUUGAUUUUCGUUCUCCCCCCGUAACAUCUGUCACGGCAAGAACUCGUGAUCGAACUGCGUGCAUGUUACGAGAACCGUGUUUCCGAGUGAAUCUGUCGGGAGUAGUUUCGUAGACGUUAUUGCGAAUUAUUGUACAAUGUUAACAUUUCUCUACGCUUGAAAGUGCGCAAUUUUUCCGAAAUAUUGCUCUCUAAUUUUUGUAACUCUUCAUCGAAAGGACACGCGGAGAAGAGGGGGGGAAAAAGGAGUGACUUUGCUGCGUAUCAUGAACAUGGCGUAUGCGUCGUUUCUCUCUCUCUAGGAAUCACCGGCCGGCAAUUACACGCUGUCGAUUGCGACAGAGAAGUUCUGUAAUCAAGAAGGACACGUUUUCCGAUCGGAACUCGGACGGAAUUGUGAUAAAUGUCCGCUCCUACGACGAAUACGACUAAAUGCGAAAUUAAAAUUAAAAUUGAUUAAACAUGGGAGACUUUUAUUCUCGUCAAAAAUCGAAACGAUCAAGAGAUAAUAUGCGUGAAUCCCUCUUAAAUACAUAUCAGUAUACUGCACCCUAGUAUCAUGGCUAGCGACGACAGAUAAAGACAAAUCCAUUCUGUGAUAUGAUUUUUAUGCUCUUUUAAGGAGAGAUGGAAGCUUUUAUUUGCACCAAUUGAAAAUUAAGCUGAUGUAUCGUCGGUGCUUGAAAGAACGAGCGAUAACGCGGACUUUCAGACAACUCGAUAAGAUUUAACGUUCAUACAAUAAAAGCACAACUGAUAUUCGCUCCAAACCCGCGAAAUGCAAGAACUAACACAAUUUCAUUAUUUCAAUCAUAAAGACCUCCUCCUUCCUUUAUUAGCUUAACGAGGAAAGCUUGAAAUCACGAGGAGAGACGGUGAUUUUUAUUCCGUGAUAUAAAAACUAACUACUAAAACGUAGACUUUACAACGCGCGGAUUAUAUCGAUGCCACGUCGGAUAAGAAAAAGAAAAUUGCGAGUCAAUUGGACCCUUGUCGCCGCAAUGGAAUUUAAAGAGGAAUUUCAGCAUCAACUGACGGCAGGAUAAUGCGAGAGAUGCAAGGCAUACAUAUAUAUAAAAUUAACAAGUACCCAAUAGUUAUAUAUGCGAAAGAAUGGAGUCUCAUAUGCCUGCUUAUGGCGACGAUAUCGAGGAAAUAAGGCUCGGUAGUCGGGAUUGACAACAAUGUCUAGACCAGGCAAGGAUCCGGUGCAGAAGUGCCACUCGGAUCCGGGUGCUGCAGGUACUUCAUGCAGCCUAAGCAAGCGGAUUUCAAGGAGGCAAGUGCCAUGCAUUCCAUCCUCACCGAAUACACGCAAAUGUGUGUUAACCUUGGAUGGAUACAGUUACGUGAUCGUUGCAUCUCCACCGGACAGACGAGUCACGAGGGACGAUAUUGGAGUGGCCUCGGCCGGUGCAGCGGCGAAUAAUGCGACCGGUUGUAGCAGCACGAGCGGCGCAGCUUCCACGAGGCCGCGCAAUCCUUCCUCCUCUCCUGGUCGAAACGGCCAACUCUCCAAACAGGGCACUUUGACGAUAGUACGCCGAAGUUCCGGCAAAAGCAAAAGCAUCAGCAGCGGGAGUUUCGAAAGUUCUCCACCGCCGCACAAUCCCGACACUCCGUAUUUAUCGAGCCAAUCCGUCGACCUCGAUGAGAUCCUCGAUAAUGUCGAUCUCACGACGGACUCGCUUCCUGCCGUUGACACUCCCGACGCGUGCGACAAAGCUGCUCUCAGAUUGAGGUGUUUAUUGAGGCAGCUACAACACGGGGAGAUAUCCGCCGAACUGCUCCAACGAAACUUGCAUUAUGCAGCUCGUGUACUCGAGGCCGUUUUUAUCGACGAGACCAAGGUGAGUUCAGGCGGGAAUGAGUGCGCUCGGUCAUCACGUAGGGGGGCGGGCCUGACGUCUUCAUCCCUAAGGGGCGGCUUGGAACCGGACGGACCACAGGGCCACGCGGUGGUAACCCAGAAACGGAAGCUUCGCACCCCCGUAUGGGCAAGACGGCUGGCGGACGAGGACGAUGAGCUGUCGGAGGUGCAGCCGGACGCGGUGCCGCCGGAAGUGCGCGAAUGGUUGGCGUCGACUUUCACCAGGCAGCUCGCCACCACGAGACGGAAGGCUGACGAGAAGCCAAAGUUCCGUUCGGUCGCGCACGCCAUCAGGGCGGGCAUAUUCGUCGAUCGGAUCUACAGGCGAGUCACGAAUACCGCCCUCAUGCAAUUUCCACCGGAAGUCGUGAAAGUGCUUAAGACUUUAGACGACUGGUCGUUCGAUGUGUUUUCCUUGAAUGAGGCUGCCUCGGGCAUGCCAGUGAAAUACUUGGGCUACGAUCUUCUCAAUCGAUACGGUAUGAUUCACAAGUUUAAAGUACCUCCAGCAGUUUUGGAGUGCUUCCUCGGAAGAGUCGAAGAAGGAUAUUGCAGGCAUCGAAACCCAUACCAUAACAAUCUUCACGCUGCUGAUGUUGCGCAAACGAUGCAUUACAUCCUGUGUCAAACGGGUUUGAUGAACUGGCUGACCGAUCUCGAGAUUUUCGCCACUCUCGUGGCAGCGAUUAUUCACGAUUACGAGCACACUGGGACCACAAACAAUUUCCACGUAAUGUCUGGGAGCGAUACAGCACUCCUGUAUAAUGAUCGAGCCGUGCUGGAGAAUCAUCACAUUUCGGCCAGCUUCCGAAUACUCAAAGAAGAUGAAUGCAAUAUAUUGCAAAACUUGUCGAGAGAAGAAUUUCGAGAAUUUCGCUCGCUCGUGAUCGACAUGGUUCUUGCCACUGACAUGAGUUUUCAUUUUCAACAAUUAAAAAAUAUGAAGAAUCUAUUGAGUUUGGCGGAGCCAAGCGUGGAUAAGAGCAAAGCCGUUAGUUUGGUUCUCCAUUGUUGUGACAUUUCGCAUCCUGCCAAAAGAUGGGAUCUUCAUCAUAGGUGGACGAUGCAACUUCUCGAGGAAUUUUUCAGACAAGGUGACAAAGAGAGAGAGCUCGGAUUACCAUUCUCUCCUUUAUGCGAUCGUAACAACACAUUGGUAGCUGAAUCUCAAAUAGGAUUCAUAGAAUUUAUUGUCGAGCCUAGUAUGCAAGUAUGCAGUGAUACGCUGGAAACCGUUCUCGCGCCGCUUAAUGUCAAGGAUACUGCAGACGAACCCAGCAAUGGAGGGGAAAAUAGAAGGUUCAAAAUCGACAAACCUUGGAUCUCGUGUCUUGGGGACAAUAAGAAGAUCUGGAAGGAACAAGCGGUUCGAGACGCAGAAGCCAAAGCACAAAAGGAGCAAGAACAAAAAACCAGUGGCAAUCGCGAGGAUGGUGGGGGAGCACAGGCUCCAGCCGAAGAAUGAAAGAUACAACGAGCAAUUGUAUUCUUCAAAAGUCUUUGCAACUUUAGACUACGAGGAAGCUCGUGAUCUCCCAUGGAUGGCAUCUAUUAAAUAAGUUUAUGGGCUCCUUAUUACGCUUACGAAUGAAAGACAAACAUCAUUCGGUAGUAGUACAAAUAGACAUAUAUGUGUCACAUUAGACGAGCGGAGACGAUGAUUCGUAAUAUGUUGAGAAAUAGUUUGUUUAAAUUAUUAGACACCAAAGGCACGAGUCACGUAUUUGUCUCUGCUACUCCUAUGUAGGGUGUUUGAAUUACAAGUUAUCGAUUAUUUUUUACGGCUCAAUAUGUAAAAUCAUUUGAUCUCAUUAGAAAGAUGUAGCGCUUCUCGAAAUAAUCAUCGUCGAUGUUGAUUAUGAAUUCUUUGUCAGUAUGGAAAGCUCCGAUUUCAUUUCCGUUUGCGAAACUUGCGAGUUGGUAAGUAUAAUAUUUUUAGUCUUCAAUUUUUGAAAUUUUAUAGAUUAUAAUCAACCGUACAAGGAAAGAGAAAGAGUGAUUCUCGAAUCUUGAAUUAUGUUGUAAUAAUAAUAAUACGCGAUAUAAAAGACUCUUGUAUUCUUGAAGCAAACAAUGCGAAAAUUGAUGGAAUAGCAACCUGAAAUAUUUUGGGAAAGAUGCACACUUUAUGAAAGAAGAAAAAGGUUUCUAUCAUAACUAUCGAUGAUGAUUACACGAUUUGUACACUUAUCGCAUAAGAAUCUAUGAGAUACUUUAUGCUGACGUUCACCGCACAAAGAUAUGAAUAUUGCACAACAUAGUUUUGCGUUUUUAAUGCGACUUUUUCGUUUAAUUUUAUUAGAUAAACGAAAAGAAGAAUCUUUUCGAAUAAUUCGAAAGACUCUCUAUGACGCGGUUUCUGACCGGGAGCAUCUCUCUCGUUUACGUGUUUAUUAAUUAAUCGCGGCGAAAGAAUAAAAUUUUGCGAAGCACAUCCUUGUACAUACAUACCGUUCGUUAGAUGUGUAUCCGUAUACACGUACACUGGUGCAGCUUUAAUGCGUGUGUGUAUGUAUGUAAUGUAUAAAAAGAAGAAGCAAGAUGCGGCUAUAAUGUUUAGUCGACAUAUGUUAUAUAACUAUUCCGUAUAUGUGUGUGUGUGUGUGUGUGUGUAUAUAUAUAUGUACGUGUACACAUAUAUAUGUACGGAAAUGUAGAAAGAAAGAGAUGAAGCGUUAUUUUGUUGAAUUUCUCGCGAUAUUACGGCCGUAGGAUACUUGAUACACAUAGCGACACGCACGUCCGUAUUUAAGCUUAUAAUUUAAUACAUAUCCAUGAAGGAAUGCGCGUCGCAAUAAGCGUGAAUUCUCGAUAUGAUGACAGACAAUUGUCAUCGUGUCAAUACAUAUUGCAUCAUGCCGUGUCACACGCGUAAGAGAAUCGGAGACAUAAUAAAAAAUUUAUCAUUUUUCUCUUAUUUUUUUAUCAUUUACAAAAAUAUUUCCAUUACUGGAAAUUUGUUUUUUUUUAUAUAAUUUAUAAAUGUGACAUAUAUAUGUGUGUACUUAAAAAAAAUACAUUUUAAUUAAAUUACAUAUUAGAGAAAUAUGAUUCUUCUUCACAGGCAGCUUGUCUAAAUUAUAAACAAGCAAAAAGGCAAAAACUAUUUCAAAGAAAAUAAAUUUCUUCAUUAGACAAGCGAUAAAUGAAAGUAUCUGCUAAUGUAAAACUGACUCCGGUUCUGUGUACGUGGCAAUAACUUGAGGUAAGGCCCUAUAGAUGUGGAAAAAAUCGCUAUAAAUAUUGCGUAAAAUAGAGAACAGAAAUAUAGCAGAUUUUUCGAAUGAAACAUUUUAUCAUCAGAAUCACAGAGAUAUUAUAUACUUAUAUCGAUAUAAAGGGUGUAUAGGAUAAUCUCACUAGUUUCGAAAAGUAUAAACAUAUCCGUCCUGCAUUUAUUUAAUUCCUCUCAUUCGAUUUACGUAUAAAUUUGCGUUAUUUGAAUACGCGAUAUACACAGUUUCUAUUUUUCUUUUAAUUCGUUUAUCUGCUUCUUGCCAUUAUUUUUUUUUAAUAUUUUCUAAUCUUACUGACUGUAGCGUGGCCUGACUAAUUGAUAUAAAUCAAAAACUUAGUGUAAAUAGCUCGAGAAAGACGUGACAAAUUCCAAAAGAUUAAUUGCUACGCUCAAUUAAAAUUUAACGAAAAUUUUGUUUAAAUAUUUUUUUUUAAACUGUUACGUAAAAUUUAAUUAAGCAAAAUUCUCUUCUUUUAUCGUAAUUGCUUUAAUUUUUCUUACAGACAUGCAAACACCGUGUAAUAUUAGCAGAGUAAAAUAAAAUACUGUAAAGUUAGAUUAAUUCUUUCGAAAAAUUCUUUCAAAUGUUAUCACGUGCCGGUUAGUCGCGUGUAAUUAAAUUUUUCUUCCUGCAGUGGACGAGGGGCCAAAACGCGUGAUAGAAUUAAAGUGCAUUGAGAAAUUACGAUUGUAUUAAGAGAAUCAUCGAUCAGUCACGUGAAUAAAAUUAUUCGGUCACAGUCGAAGGAUCUUAUAUUAUAUUUGGAUUCGCUCGUUGUUUCGCCAGGAAAUAAACGGAAAUGACGAGUGCAUUUUACGAGUUUAACUCGAGAAAAAGAUGAAUGCCUUGCUCGUUUAUUUAUUCACGUGGCUUGGUUAUUUCAUCGUCUAGAGCUCUCUCUUAAAUUAAUACUGGCCUUUCCUUCUUAUAUGAUACGCGCGAGAGACCAUGAUUCUCUAAAAAUUUCAAAGGAAGAAAGAGUAAACGAAGCGGCGUCGACAUUUAAAGCGACGUGCGCGUAUUAUUACGCUUGAUAUACGAAGAAUCUUCUAAAUAUAUCGGUAUAA